UUUCCUUCUCCAGCGGGAUGCUUAGCACCUCAGGUUCAGCGCGAUCAAAAUAGCUAACUAGGAAAACACCCAAGCUAUUUCUCCUGCUUCCAGUCUCAAAUUGUAGCCUAUCGCGCUACCCGUGCCAAUCCUGGGUGAGACGUAAUCCCGCGCUAAACCAAGGAAGACGGCUCAAGCUAGCGACUGCCCUCUCGUCAAACACGCUUCGUGCAAAUCGAAAGGCGACCUCCUGGCGGCUCCUGCUCCUGCUCCGCCUCUCGGGAGGAGUUAUUUUAAAACUUCAGAGCCCACUCCUUGAUAACAAGGAAGAGUUGUGUGUGUUUGGCCUGAAAAGGGAGCGCGGCUGACGGGAAACUUCGGCUUGUACGACUGAAAAGCCGAAACACUGAGGCGUGUAGAGCUGAACAGGCGACGCGAAUGCCAUGCACUUGUUGCAGUAGGCUCAUUAGCACAGCAGAGGGGUUAGAUUAGCAAAGAGAGGGGCAGGCUGGCGCUCUGCAAGUAAAUAGAGGGAGUUGGCGCCACUAGGGGCAAGAGCGUGAGGGGAUUUUCCUCAUGGCUGGCUGGUUGCAAAAACUUCGAGGCAAGGGGUGACGGGGGAUCGGCGGUGGCAAGCAACCGCUUCGGUGAAAGCGAGGGAGAGAGCGGAAGAGACGUGCAAUCCGAUCCCACGCUUGUUUCUUUGGAUGUUCUCGGGAUGGGUUGUGGGGUGAGGCAGGCUCCCCAAUUAGGCAUGCAUGCAGAACUGGAGCUCCUGUUGUCGGAAUGUCUGUGACCCAUAUCAGCUUGGAUUGUUGUUAACCGAGCUGGUAUUUUGAGCAGACGUUGGCGACUGAGGCGCUUUCAGAACUGGAGGAAUGAGGUCGCGGCGGGGCGUGAGGGGGAAAGGCUGAUUUCAGAGGCUGGCAGCCGGUGGCAGGGAAUUGUAGUUGCACGGGGAAGGACAAUUGGGGACUUUUUACUGAAAGGCUGGAUUUGAAGCCUUUGGCACCCUGAGGGAACUUGGAAGGGGCUCCUCAGGCGAACGAAGGAGUUGGUAGCAGUGGGGAAAUAAGGGAGAGGGCAGAGUAACUUGGCACGCAGGUUUCAAGCGGGAUUUGUCCCUCAGGGUAAUUGUAGUGGGGGGGAAGUCAUCCGUCUGGAGUAGUAUCUCUUUCGAGACACGAGGCGACGGGGUCUCUCCAUAUGAAUAAGAAACUCCUCACUUAUCAGUAGAGUGGCUUGAGAUGCCGGGGGACGGUGGGGGGGGUACAAAAGAGCACGAGGGGUGCCUUUUAAGUGGCCGAACCGCGGGGUGACGGUGUGGGAGAGGCCGAGAGGAAGCUGGUCAGGCGGCGCGGCGGGUGGACGGCAGAAAAAGGGCUUGGCCGGACGCCUCAGCGGGAGGAGGCAGCAGCAGCGCAAGCCCGCCACCCCCACCCCCCUCGCCCGCAGCAGGCGGUGGAGUCCAGCCAGCCACCCGCUUGGCUGCCGUUGGCCAGAGUUUGGCUCGCUCCCCUCGCUGCUUCUCUAGCUGCCGCCCAGCUCCCGCCGCUCCCCAUGUCUCUGCCGGUGGUGCUGCCGGGUUCGUGCUGCCCCAUGGCCAGGCUCUCGGGGGUUCCCGAGGCGGCCAGACAUUGCUCAGUAGCAGCGGCUGCUGCUGCGGCCGCCGCCGCCGCCAUCCAGGACCCGUCGCAGCCUCCGCCUCCGAUCCGGCCCCGCUGGUCCCGUGGCGGUUUGCAGCAGCCCCGGCCUCGCCCAGCCGCUCUCUCCCCAGAGGCUUCUCGUCGGGCCGCGGCCUCUUCCUCGGCGGGACCGCGGCUGUUGUUGCCGGCCAGACCUCUGUUGUCCUUGGGGCUGCUCCAGCUGAUUUUGGGGUGCUGCAUGGUGGCCCUAAGCUUUGGGGCGCUCUCCCUCAGCAGCUCCCCCCAGGUGAAGAACUCGUGUCCCUUCUGGGCUGGUUCCUCGGUAAUUUUAUCAGGAAUUAUAGGACUGACAACAUGGAAGAGACCAAUGAUACUUCUGGUUAACUUGUUUGUUUUGCUCUCUGUUAUCUGUGUUCUCUUGAACCUGGCGGGAUUUAUUCUUGGAUGCCAAGGUGCUCAGUUUGUAUCCAGUGUACCUAGAUGUGAUCUGAUUGACAUGGGUGAAAAUAGGUUUUGUUUCUGUUGUGAAGAAUUUCUGCCAGCAAAAUGUACAGAGAAAGAAAAUGCGCUGAAGCUGUAUCCACUCCAGUCAUGUAGUGCAGUUCAUCUUUUACUCAAGCCCUGUGUCUACCGGGCAGGCGUCUGUGCUCAUUCCUCCUCAUUGGCGUCGAGACAUUCUUCGCCCCGAGGAAACGCCCGCGCAAGACGAAGCACAUUUUUAAACACCGACGUCGAUCGGCCGACCAGCGUUCUCGGCGCCGUCACAGAUCUCCCUCGGAGGACUCCUCGUCGUCGUAUUCGCCCCCUAGGAAACAUCGACGUUGACAUUGGAGGCGUUACACAUCUACCUCGUCCUCGACGUCGCAAGAGAGACAUCGACGUCGAAGGAAGGAAAGAUACAUUUAUGCCUCCUCUUCCUCUUCGUCGCCGCGUCGUCGUCGACAUCGACAUCGUGUCGACGUUGAUCCCACACUACCACCUA